AUGGGUUGGUUCUGGGCUGAUUCGCAACCAAAGCCUUCUGUAGCUUCAAAUCAAUCGGACUCUACCAGUCGUUCGCGCUGCCCAGUACAGACUUCAACCCCACCUCUCCAUGAUUCUUCUAGCGCUUGCCCGGUCAGGUCCAAGGACUCGCCAUUUUACGUCGCUCCGAAGUCCUCACCUCCGCAGCCCUCUGCUCCUUCAAGUACCUCAACACUGUCCAGAUUGAACCCAUUAAAUUACAUGUUCUCUACAAUCUCCCAAGAACGCGCUCCAAACCAGACAGUCGAUUUGCCUGUCGACCGAGAGGUCUCUUCGAUUCCGAGAGGCGACCAGGAGGGUAACUGGGAGUACCCUUCACCCCAGCAGAUGUACAAUGCGAUGCUCCGGAAAGGAUAUACCGAUACACCGCAGGAUGCUGUGGAGUCAAUGGUUGCCGUGCACAAUUUUCUGAACGAGGGCGCGUGGUCGGAAAUUGUCGGAUGGGAGAACAUAUUCUCGAAAGGCCUAAGGCAGGGGUGGGAGAAAUGUCGCCGUGGUGAAGAGAAUUUGGUCCUAGAAAGGGCCAGGGAAGAGAUUUCUGGGAGCUCUAAUACGGAGACCGAGCCGCGUCUCCUCAGGUUUCAGGGUCGACCUCAGGACUUGACACCGAAAGCGAGAAUACUUCAAACAUUAGGCUGGUUGUAUCCAGCAAAAUUCGGAACGAAUCCUCCUUUUGAUCGACAUGACUGGUAUGUGCUGCGAGAAACACCUGGGGGGCCAAAGGAAGUCCGUUAUGUGAUCGAUUAUUACUCUGGUCCCCCGGAACCGACGGGUGAGCCCGUCUUCUACCUUGAUAUCAGACCAGCGUUGGAUACGCCAACGGCUGCUGUAGAACGAUUAAUGAGAUGGGGAGGGGACGUCUGGUGGAGGGCCAGCGGUGGUGCUGUUAGGAAUUAG